AUGAAACCUUGGUUACGAUUAAUUAGAUCAUGCCUUGUGUUGGUUGAAAAGGCUGGAUAUGGCCGGAAAGAAACGGUACAUUUUGAUAAGAUCACUGCUCGUAUCCAGAAGUUGUCAUACAAUCUUAAUAUGGACUAUGUUGACCCAGUGUUGGUAGCUAUGAAAGUAAUUGGAGGAUUGUACAAAGGUGUUUCAACAGUAGAGUUGGACAACUUGGCUGCAGAAACUGCUGCAUCAAUGACUACUCAACAUCCUGAUUAUGCUAUCCUCGCUGCUCGUAUUGCUGUAUCAAACUUGCACAAAAAGACCGGAAAGGUCUUUUCCGAAGUCAUGAAGCGACUGUAUGAGUUCCGUCAUCCAUCGACUGGGGAGCAUUCUCCGAUGAUCAGCAAGGAGACUUACGAUAUCAUCAUGAAAAAUGCUGAUGUACGUUUCGAUUUCACACGUUUUGAUAGUUUGUCGCAGCUGUUGAUCUUUCAGAGGCUUAACUCCGCUAUAGUAUAUGAUCGUGACUUCUCCUACACUUAUUUUGGGUUCAGAACUCUUGAGCGAUCAUAUCUUUUAAAGAUAAACAAGGAGGUAGCGGAACGUCCACAGCAUAUGCUUAUGCGAGUGGCUGUCGGCAUACAUGGUGAAGAUAUCGAUGGUGCAAUUGAGACCUACAACUUGAUGAGCGAGCGAUAUUUUACACAUGCAUCGCCAACACUUUUCAAUGCUGGAACCGUAUGGCCUCAACUUUCUUCUUGCUUCUUGCUAACGAUGAGUGAGGAUUCAAUUGCCGGCAUUUACGAUACAUUGAAGCAAUGCGCUUUGAUUUCAAAGAGUGCUGGAGGAAUUGGAUUGAAUGUACAUAACAUUCGUGCCACUGGUUCUUUGAUUGCUGGGACUAAUGGUACUUCAAAUGGUUUGGUCCCUAUGCUUCGUGUGUACAAUAACACUGCACGCUAUGUGGACCAAGGUGGAAACAAACGCCCGGGAGCUUUCGCCAUCUAUCUUGAGCCAUGGCAUGCUGAUAUCUUUGAGUUCGUCGCUCUGAGGAGAAACACUGGUCCUGAAGAGGAACGUGCUCGCGAUCUCUUCUAUGCUAUCUGGGUGCCAGAUUUGUUCAUGAAAAGAGUCGAGCGCGAUGAGGAUUGGUCUCUAAUGUGCCCACAUGAAUGUCCUGGUCUUAGUGAUUGCUGGGGAGAGAAGUUCGAGGAACUGUAUACUGGAUACGAAAAAGAACACCGCUUCCGUAAGCAAGUGAAGGCUCGCAAACUUUGGGAACAAAUUGUAUCCAGUCAAAUUGAGACAGGAAUGCCGUUCAUUGUGUACAAAGUUAGUUUUUUUUUGUAAUU